AUGUUCGCCUCAAUUGCCAUCCUGCAGGUGCUUUGCGCAGCGGUCGCAUCUGCGCAGCUCACCUCAAAGCUCACGGAAAUCAUUGACUUCGGCCCGAAUCCGCGAAACGUUUCGAUGUUCCUCUACGUGCCGGCAAAUCUUCCGCCCAAUCCACCAAUUUUGGUAUCCCCACAUUGGUGUCACGGCACGGCACAGCAGGUCUUUGACUAUAGACCUUGGGCUUCUCUCGGCGACGAGUACGGCUUCAUCUCGAUCUAUCCUAACGCUUCAACAUUGAACACGGACCAAUGCUGGGAUGUCAGUAGCCAGCAAUCGCUCACUCACAAUGGCGGAGGCGACGCGCUCGGCAUUGUAUCCAUGGUGCGGUGGACCUUGGAAAAGUAUCAUGCAGACAAAGACCGCGUUUUUGUUACCGGCACGAGUUCAGGCGCAAUGAUGACAAAUGUGCUCAUCGGAAGCUACCCAGAUGUCUUUGCUGCAGGAAGCGCAUGGGCGGGUGUACCAUUCGGAUGCUUUGCCGGCGACGGCUUCGAUGUCUGGAGUGACGCGUGUGCCACCGGCCAGAUCAUUAAGACUGGGCCCCAAUGGGCAGCUCUCGUGCGCAACGCAUACCCUUCAUAUCGCGGCUUCCGUCCUAAGUUCCAGACUCUUCAUGGCACAGCAGACACGACGCUUUAUCCACAAAACUUCCGCGAGCAGAUCAAGCAAUGGACGAGUGUUUUCGAUGUGAGCCAGAAACCGACCGAAAUUACAGAAAACGUUCCUUUCCAAGGCUGGACAAGGUUUCGGUAUGGCGACAAAUUCGAGGCAUAUGAAGCUGGUAGUGUUACACACGACAUCCCGACAGAUAGCGACACUGUGAUGGAUUUCUUCGACUUGAAGUGCAGCGGACCGAGCUGCUUCUCUAGGCCUAGGUCGGGUAACGGUACGAAGUACCAUAGAUAG